GUGUUCACCCAGACGUCAUACCCGGCAGCGGUUCACCAACCCCGCGCUCAUUCCUUUUGCGUGUGAUUGGCGUUCUGCGAUAACACACAGAUUCACACACUGCUCCCGGCGGCCUGCGCGUCCUUUUCCGACUCAACAAUUGUGUGCCGAGUCAGCUUGCAGGCCUGCAGACAUGGCAAAUUUCGGGUCUGGAGCAACAGUAGCAUCUACCAGCACCUGAUUCGACCUAGCUCCACAAGUCUUUCUGACCUGCAGACCUCGCACGGGCCCCCGUCGGCAGGUGUCCCCACACUGCAACUUUCUCUAUAGCCGACCAUCACGAUUUCACACGGAUAACCGACGGCCGCGGAUACUGCCCACCAUGCCAGCCAUACGCGGACAAGACUCCAAGAAGAAGACACGUCGCCACACGCGCGACCUCGACCAGAUCCACGCCGACUUGCGCGACGAGAAGCAUCUCGCGGAAUUCAAGGAUGCGAAGCCCAUAGAAGAUUUGCCCGGACUGGGCGAAUUCUACUGCAAGGAAUGCGCAAAGUUUUUUGAGAGCGACGCCAACUUUGUCGCACAUCAGAAGGGCAAGGUCCAUAAGCGCAGAGUCAAGCAACUUCGCGAAGAACCAUACUCGCAGAAAGAAGCAGAGGCAGCGAUAGGCCUCACGACCAACAACGGAACGCGUACGACCACCGCAACAGCCCCGAUGGAGGUUGACCAGGUUGCAGCAUCAGGUUGAGGUCACGGCAACGGCCAAGACUAUUUGAUGCGCAGUCCAUGGCAGAUGGACGGCAAGGUUAGGAGUGCAGGACGACCGCUAAAAUGCUUUCGGGGGAUCAGACAUCACUCAGGUGGCAACACGAUAGCUGCGGGUAGGUCGCUCUCGGGCUCGUGGAAGAACAUGCAUUGCACGGCGUUCAAAACUGGCAUUUGGAGCAUAUAGAAGGACAAAAAGUUCAGAAGAUACCCUACAUUUCAAAUCGAA